AUGAAUCCAGACCACGGUUACUAUAAUCAGUGGCCUGCACGGCAGCCGCCGAACAAUAGACGAUUCUUACCUGUCGCAGGUACCUUUGCAGAUGGCGCGCCAAACUUGACUAGACCACAAGCGCAACCCAGCAGGCAGCAGUAUCCAGUACAAUUCCCACAUAGUCAACAGAUCUUUCCGCUUCAUCCGGUGUACCAGCAGCCUCAGCCACAUCCUCAAUCUCAAAUCCCACUGGCUCCACUCAUUCCACUCAGUGCUGUAGAGGACCUGCAGCCGCCCGCCCCUUUCACUAGCGGUGCCUUUCAAGACCCCUUCAAUAGGGCCUAUGCCACUAGCGGUCCAGAGGUCUACGAGGGCUUCAUACCGGCGCCAGGCCAAGAGGACGAAGAUGAGUAUCCCAACCUACCGACCGCCUUUCGUGAUUCAUUUUACCACGACCGCGACUUCCAGAGCUCUGAUGAGGACGACGAAUAUGAACGCAUGCGAGCACGGUUUGAGGAAGAGGAGGAGCUCCGCCAGAUUGAAGAAAAAGACGAUUCAGAAGUAGACAGAGAUUAUUCUGAAGAAGAUGCGCAGCAUGAUGAAGGCGACCCAGACGAAAUGGAACUGGCUGAAGACUUUGAAGAUGUGGAGGAGCGUGUUCGGUAUAAGAGAGGAAAGCCUAAUGCGAGAGGUAUGACGAGCAUCAUCGGCACGCCUAGCAUGAAAGACGCACCCAGCGCCCGAGGCACGCGUGGCGGGCGGCGAGGUAGACCUCCAGGUCGAGGGCGAGGAGGACAUCGUGGCUCUGCAUCCACUCGCGGAGCUAAGAGUGGGAAACCUGGACGACCUAAAGGGCCUAGAGGACCUCGCCCAGUAGCUGAUCCAGGGCCAGAGUUCAAGGAAUUUCAGCGACAGGCUAACGAGAGGUUCAUCGCUCAAGACUAUAAAACCGCCCUCGAAUAUGCCCAAAAGGCUAUUCAAGUGAAUCCAGAGAUCUUCGAUGCCUACAAUAUUACCUCAGAAAUCUACGCAGCGAUGGGCCAGGAGGAGAACUCGAUCGCAGCUCUCAUUGCGGGUGCCCCAACUAAGCGUGAUGCUGGUCUAUGGCAGUUCAUUAUCGAGCGUAUUAACAAGCUGGACCCAGACAAGUACCCAGAAUAUACCGAGGACGUGAAAACGGGGGCCAUUCUCGGUUGCCUGAAUUGGAUCAUACAACUCGACAGCACCACAGGCAACUAUGAAGCUCGCAGCCACAAGCUCGAGAUUGAAGCUCGUCUAGGACAUGUAUCCAAGUGCGUAGUGCUUGGCAUCAAAAUGCUCAAAACGCGCAGAGAGCAAAAAGAAGACCCAGAUACCGAAGUCUUGAAGAUCAUUGCGAUGAUGGGCACAUCAUCAGCAAAGCAGACAAAGAUACACCUCGAAAAACUCAUCAAAAGCUUCGACGAGGCGAUUGCAGUCUUCAUGAGGCCACGACGAGACCCGCUCACCAGUGACCUAGACUGGGAGCUUAUCAACAUUUACCUUGACCUCUUGGACAGAUCAAGGAAAUAUGACUAUGCCGUUUCACGUCUCAAAGCCCUUUCGCGGUGGAAGCAGGGCAGGCGUAAGGAGGUGUAUUGGGACGAACAGGACGAUGAUCGCGAGUUCGAUAUCGAGGACGAGCCUAGACGGGUUGCUGUCCCUCAGUUCAUGCGAGGGUCACAGGAUGCCAAGUACGGCCAGACGUUACCACUAGAGAUUAGAGUCAAGUUGGGUCUCUUCCGGUUGCGCAGGAGCGCGGACGACUUUUCAGAAGCCAUGCACCACCUCGAGAUGCUCGGACCCGACGAUCAUAGCCCCAACGCCCUGGUGUGGGACUACGAAGACCUCUUCCGGAUCAUUGCCGAUGCUCUUCACGCUACUGGCCACGACAAAGACGCCCUGCGUUUCUACGAGCCGCUGCACUCGAUCAACUCACACGAGUUGAACUUGAUGAGCUACAUAGGCCUACAUACGUGUUACAAGAACCAGGGAGAGGAAGAGAAGGCAAAAGACGUUGUUCCAAUUCUGCAGAAAUGGCCGGCUGAAACGUAUGACGACCUUGCUGUUUUGGCGAAAUUCUUCGAGGAUCAAGGCAUGUGGCAAGACGCCGCGCACCGCGCAGAGAGAAUUUACCGCGACAAGUAUGGUCACAAGCUGAAAAAGCUGGGCUUCAAGGCAUACGAUGAACUCCGGGAGUACCACUUCAACCAGAGAAGGCAGGCCCGGGGUAGAUACGCCGUGAAGAAGAGAACAGUGAAGAGGAACCGGAAAAUGAUGAAAAAGGCCACACAGGGCGGCGAAGAGGAUGAUUCUGCAAACGAAAGCGCCAACAAAGAACUUCCUUCCCUUGGCCCGACCACCGAUCGUCCCACCCAAGGUCUGUUUCGAACGAGGCGAGCAAAACCCCCCAAAACGCAAACCUUCCUUCCCAUUCAGACCGAUGCCGAGCCGGUGGUCGCUGUCGAACCAAGACGCACCACUCUCGAAGGUACAGACGUACCUUUGCAGGCGAUUGAUCACAGAUUCUUCCGGAGGAAGCUUGAAAACCUGGCUAGUGAGUAUGCCGACGAUCUCAAGGCUGCCCGCGAUCAGCACCGAGAAAUCGCUUCCAGCUUCCAGCGGCUUGACGAAAUAUCGGACUUUGCAGAAGAUGGAGAUGAAGAUGCAGUCAACGAAGUCCUUUCUAUCACUCGAGAGCUGAUCGAAGAGUACUCCACAUUCGAUCUAUUCUAUGCCAACAGGAAAGAAGACCUCAAAACCUACUUCCGACGCAUUGGAAAUGGAGAUAUAUGGAAGGAGUCCGCGCUCAUGGUGCUUGCCGUCGUGGCCAACAGUGUCGAAGAUGGCGAGACAGACCCGGAGUUGCAGGAAAAGCCAGACGUAGCGCCUCAAGACUUCUGGGGUAUACCUUUCGUCAAGUGGUGCGAUGCGUUUGGCCGCUACGCCAUCCUCCUCGCCCGCGAGGGAGACGACGAGCAAUGCUUUGCCACUCUCGAUAUCGCCCUCCAAUCAAACAUCUUCCACCGCUCAAAGACAUACCACCAACAGCUCCAACUAUGCCGGCUUGCUUGCGCGCUCGCUGUUGACAACUCGAAUCAAGCAUCUCUCGCAGCUCGUUGGCUACUGAAGGCAUAUCCGUUCAGCACUGACCUUUUCCGUCUGUACAGCGCCGUCAACCGCCUGUGCUCCUUCCCUGAAGGCUUCGCCACCGGCCCCGCACACAAAGUCCUCAUGCGGUAUAUCAAGACAAUGGAUUAUGCCCUGCUCAGCCCAGAGCAGCGCGUAUGGUACAACUUCCGAGACACAAAGGAUAGCAAGGGUGGAUUUAAGAAUAAUAUGAACAUUGAGGAUGUGGGCAAAGUCAAGGACCACGAUCCAGCGUUGUUCGCACUGCACGCGCAUGUCCUCAUGUGCGGUGGCUCCUACAUGGCGGCCUUGAAUUACUAUUUCCGUGCGUUCGCCAUCACCCCUGAGGACCCCGCUCUCAGCCUAUCCAUCGGCGUAGCGUACAUCCAGCAUGCGAUGAAACGCCUCUCGGAGAACAGGCAGUACCAGAUCCAGCAAGGGCUCGCAUUCGUAUACCGCUACUUCGAGCUCCGCACAAAAGACGACGUGGCUAUACACUGCCAGGAGGCAGAGUUCAACGUAGGGCGCAUGUGGCAUGGGCUUGGUCUUGUUAGCUUGGCGCUACCUGCAUAUGAGCGCUGUAUUGGGAUGAGCAGGCGAGUUGAGCAGGAGGCGGAGGACCGAUGUUCAGACGGGAGCUGGGCGCAUGAGGAUUUCGCGACAGAAGCCGCAUUCGCCAUGCAGAGCAUUUACGCGGUGAGUGGCAACCUUGAGGGCGCUAGGAAGAUCACCGAGGACGUGCUGGUCAUUGAAUGA